CUAUGUGUGAAUUUUCAAAAAACAUUUCCAUGAGAAGAGACAGUUUGUUUGUUCUGCGUCCUGAAGAGGUCUAGUCCACUUCUCUCUUCAUCUCUCAUCGGGAACACAAUGUCUUUACUGGAGUAUAUGUGGAGGACAGUUGGGGUCUUAUUCAUCCUCCUCAUGCAGAGUGCAGGUGCCACUGAGUGCUCUUGUGAGCUGACUAAUGCUGAGAACCCCUUCCCUAAAGAUAAGCUGAUGGGUAUCGAGACAUCUGCUGUGGAUUGCAAUCAGAAAAUGCAGUCUGCAAAGAUGUCAGAGGAAGGUGCUUUGCGUCUGGGCUUGCGGCAGCGUCUGCUGCAGCUGCAGGAGGAUAUGUCAGCGCUGGAGAGGGAGGACGAUGGCGGCCUGUAUGGAGCCGUGUCUCUACGGAUUAUUGAGCUGGAGUUGGCCGAGAUCCUACAGCUCAUCAACAAACUCAACAGAACACACGACACGCACCAAAGCCUCAGCACAAAAGUCAACGCCACUAUGCUUCAAGUACAAACUGAGCUGAAGCAGCUGGAGAAAUUUGACCACAUGCAAAUUGUUCAGAAACUGGAGGAGAAUAAACGUUUGAAGAGGAGUGUGGCACAGUGCCAGGAGGAGCUUAGGGCCACACCACCACCUCCUACACCUACCCCAGGAAGCUGCCCUCAGGGUAACCCUGUGAGGGUGGAAGGGCCCAGAACAUACACGGUCACCCAGUAUGGUACCUCUUAUACCUAUGGAUCCUGGGGCCGAGACCCGCGGCCUGCAGCCGGAAAGGAGAACUGGUACUGGCUGAUACCACUGACGAGCAGUAACGUCUACGCUAACUAUGUCCGUCAGUACACCAGCCUCAGUUCUCUGAUUGCAGGGGCAGGUCCGAAGGAUGUUUCUAUCGCUUCUGGCAACCCCACCACCAACACCAUCCAAGGCCCCAAUGUGGUGAUGUAUGGAGAUGCGCUGUACUACGGCUGCUACAAUAACCCCUCUGUCUGCCGUUUCAACUUGACGUCGCGAGCGAUCACCACGGCACCCCUUCCCCAAGACUCUGCGAUCAACAACAAGUUCCCCUUCUGCCACCUGGGGGCCUGCUACGUCUAUACUGACUUAGACUUUAUCACAGAUGAGUCCGGUGUGUGGGUGGCCUACACCUCGGCAGAGAACUACGGCAAUGUGAUGAUCAGUGAAGUGGAGCCUGGCGAUGUCCCAAGGCUUGGCCGCACCAUAAAGACCUCCCUUCACAAGCGCACAGCCACCAACACCUUCAUGAUGUGUGGUGUUCUUUACGCCACGCGGUAUGUUGACAAGGAUACAGAGGAGAUCUUCUACUCCUUUGAUACAAAGAGUGGCAUGGAGAGCUACAAUUUGAGCAUGCGCUUUAAGAAGAUGCAUACUAACAUACAGUCUCUCAACUAUAACCCUUCUGACCACAAGUUGUAUGUUUAUAGUGAUGCGUAUGCCAUCACAUACGAUGUGAUUUUUGAAUAAAAUUAAAUUCAUGACA